AAAAACGUAAAGAUAUACAGAAACCUAGGGUUUUUACCGGUGUCAACGAAACCUAGAGUUAUUACCGAGAAAUUUGGUGCUUCAGUUUGCGUACGGUCGAUGAUUCUGCUCCACUCCUCGGCUGUUCCGAUUUCUGUCUCCAUCUCCAUCUUUGGGAUCAGCUGGAAUAUAUUGUCUGGUCUUUUGAUGCUGUAAGUGGUUGCAAGAGCAGGCUGCGUUCUUGUUUUGAAUUGUUGUUUGGAAGAAUAAAAUGCCAUGUGAAGAAGUUUUGAAGGCCGUUUUUCCUUUCCUGGAUGGCAUAGACCUUGCUUCUUGUAUGGCGGUUUGUAAGCAAUGGAGAGACACUGCACAAGAUGAUUACUUCUGGAAAUGCCUUUGUGCUAUGAGGUGGCCUUCAAUAUGUAAACGACCAAACCCUCCCACUGUAACCUACUACAAACUAUACCAGACAUUUUAUAAACGUCAGCAUCGUCGAACUUUGUUGCCGCCAAGGCUUGCAGUUGAGGAUUUGGAGUUUUUCAUUGAUAUUUGGACCGAAGAUUUGUUGAUCUUCUCAGAUGUUGUUCCAGGUCCUGUUCUUCAGUCUGGAAUUCAGGUCCCACCUUCUGGAAUAUCUGACAUGCUAAGAUUUCACCUUGAAGGUCCUGAGUACAAGAUGACCUUACCUGUUGAACCUAGGUUCAGAAUUCCUUUGAGCCAGACUGUGAGUGUUUCAGUGCUUGUGGGGCGAAGAGAUUCCAAUAAAGUCGCUUGUAUAAUUAGUAAGUCUAUAUUUGAUUAUGUAGAUCGAACAUCCUAUCGGGCCCUCGCAUAUGACUACCUUGACUUCUCCCCCUGCUACCCUUUUCUAUCUGGGAUUCGAGCCUGGAUCUCUGUACUUUUCAUGGAAGAUGGAAAUGAAGGAGUCAUUGAUGUUUUUGGGAUCGAAAUGGAUUUCUGUGAUGCCGCGAGCUCUAAGGACGAAGUUCUAUGGUUAUUAGAUAUGCUUGAUUGGAAGUGAAGGAAUCGUUCGCCAGCUGGGCAAAGAACUAGUUCAAUCAUUAAUGUAGUAAUUGUUAUCCUAAAUUGUCAAACUUGAAUCAUUGUUUAAGCUUCCUGACCUUUACUGGGAAAAUGGAUGGAUGUUUCAAUUUCUUCUUGUACAGAUCUUUUAUAUUCUUUAUCAGUAAAUGAGAACCGUUUUUGUAGUC